GGGGCCGGGCCGCGCCGGCUCCUCCUCCCCGCGGCGGAGGCGCAGCCGGGCGGCAUUAGCUCAUCGCGGCGGCCGCUCUGCGCGGCCCUUUCUUCCCCCUCCCCGCCUCGGGGCUGCUUCCCGCCGGUCGGAGCGGCCGCCGCGCCCCAGCAGCCCCCAUGGCCCUGUGCAACGGAGACACCAAGGCGGAGAACGCCGGAGGAGAGCUCAAGGAUGGGCAGCACCACUACGAGGGAGCCGUGGUGAUCCUGGACGCCGGGGCGCAGUACGGCAAAGUCAUCGACCGCCGGGUGCGCGAGCUCUUCGUCCAGUCCGAGAUCUUCCCCCUGGAGACGCCGGCCUUCGCCAUCCGAGAACAGGGCUUUCGAGCUAUCAUAAUAUCUGGAGGACCAAACUCUGUGUAUGCAGAAGAUGCCCCGUGGUUCGACCCAGCGAUCUUCACAAUAGGAAAGCCGGUUCUGGGGAUCUGCUACGGCAUGCAGAUGAUGAAUAAGGUGUUUGGAGGUACGGUGCACAAGAAGAGUGUCAGAGAAGACGGGGUGUUCAGCAUUACUCUGGAUAACACGUGUUCACUGUUCAGGGGCCUUCAGAAGGAAGAGCUUGUGCUGCUCACCCACGGGGACAGCGUGGAUAAAGUAGCCGAUGGAUUCAAAGUGGUUGCGCAGUCUGGGAACAUUAUAGCAGGCAUCGCAAAUGAAUCUAAGAAGCUGUAUGGAGCACAGUUCCACCCUGAGGUCAGCCUCACCGUCAACGGGAAGAUGAUCCUGAAGAACUUCCUGUAUGAUAUUGCGGGCUGCAGUGGGACCUUCACCGUGGAAAACAGAGAACUUCAGUGCAUUCAAGACAUCAAGGAGAAAGUGGGCUCCUCAAAAGUCCUGGUUUUACUCAGCGGUGGCGUGGACUCGACAGUGUGCACGGCUCUGCUGAACCGGGCUUUAAACCGCGACCAGGUCAUAGCUGUACACAUAGAUAAUGGAUUCAUGCGCAAAAGAGAGAGUCAGUCCGUGGAGGAGGCACUCAAAAAGCUUGGGAUUCAAGUUAAAGUGGUGAAUGCAGCUCACUCGUUCUACAAUGGUACAACAACUCUGCCCAUCUCGGAUGAGGACAGAACUCCACGAAAAAGAAUCAGCAAGACCUUAAACAUGACCACAAGUCCGGAAGAAAAAAGAAAAAUUAUUGGUGACACCUUUGUUAAGAUUGCCAAUGAAGUGAUCGGAGAGAUGAAUCUGAAACCCGAAGAGGUUUUUCUUGCUCAGGGCACGCUCAGACCUGAUCUCAUCGAAAGCGCUUCCCUUGUUGCAAGCGGCAAAGCUGAAGUCAUCAAAACUCAUCAUAAUGACACAGAGCUGAUUCGAAAGUUAAGAGAAGAGGGUAAAGUAAUAGAACCACUGAAAGACUUUCACAAAGAUGAAGUGCGGGUGCUCGGAAGAGAACUCGGUCUCCCUGAAGAGCUGGUUUCGCGGCAUCCUUUCCCAGGUCCUGGUCUGGCAAUCAGAGUGAUAUGUGCUGAAGAGCCUUAUGUGUGCAAAGACUUCCCUGAGACAAACAACAUUUUGAAAAUAGUUGCGGAUUUUUCUGCAAGUGUUAAGAAGCCACAUACUUUGCUCCAAAGGGUCAAAGCGUGUACAAGUGAAGAAGACCAGGAGAAGCUGAUGCAGAUCACCAGCCUACAUUCACUGAAUGCCUUCUUGUUACCCAUCAAAACUGUGGGAGUGCAGGGUGACUGUCGUUCCUAUAGCUAUGUCUGUGGCAUCUCUAGUAAAGAUGCUCCGCACUGGGAGUCUCUUAUGUUUCUCGCCAGGCUCAUACCACGCAUGUGCCACAACAUAAACAGAGUCGUGUACGUGUUUGGUCCCCCGGUCAAGGAGCCUCCCACGGACGUCACUCCCACGUUCCUGACCACGGGCGUCCUCAGCACUUUACGGCAAGCUGAUUUUGAGGCUCACAACAUUCUCAGGGAGUCUGGUUAUGCUGGAAAAAUUAGCCAGAUGCCAAUAAUACUGACACCGUUGCAUUUCGAUCGGGACCCCCUCCAGAAACAACCUUCCUGUCAAAGAUCGGUGGUUAUUCGAACUUUUAUUACAAGCGAUUUUAUGACUGGUAUUGCAGCAACUCCUGGUAAUGAGGUUCCAGAAGAGGUUGUGUUAAAAAUGGUGGCGGAGAUCAAGAAGAUUCCCGGCAUUUCCCGGGUGAUGUACGACCUGACAUCAAAGCCGCCAGGAACGACGGAGUGGGAGUAAUUAACUCUUUUUCUAUUGAAGUACUGUGUGCAGUCGAAAUCAUAUCAGAAACCAUUCCCAGUGUUGACAUGCAGUACUGUGAAAGAGUGACUGGAGCUGCUACAUCGCAUCAGAUUCCUCUCCGGGAGCAGAGACCUGCGGUUAAGAGCUUUGCUGGGGAUGAGAAGGAAGUGAGGCUGAGGAUUUGUACGGGUAAAUAAUCAUGGCAGCGUGGCCGGUGCGCAGACAGAUUCCUCUUGCUUUUGCCUUUGUCUUACCCAUUCUUCCUCUUUUCCUGUGUUUUAUUGUUGACUGUCAUUUCAAUGUCUCUUUUUUUUGCACACUGUGUACAAGGAGGCAGUUUAUUUUACUUCUACCCAAAGCGUUGUUACAGCCUAAAAAUGCAAAAUGAAUUCUUUGUGACCAACUGCUUUUGAGCGGAUUUAUUAUAAAUAAAUAUUUUGCCAAAUGGAGUAGUGAGUAACUGUUGAGUUGUGGAAUUACUGUGUAUCUGUCGUAUACUGUUAAGCUUGUUUUAUAUUGUUUGACGUAUUAGCCCACAGCAAUAACAUUGAGGUCCGAGAGAGUCACGAUGAAUUACUAUGAAAUGACCUGUCUGUCUGUCCUCGCCCCCUUUUGCAUCGCUCGGUAGGUGUGCGUGUCAGUAAUGGACGUGUAUACAUCAGAUACUAUUUAGUGUGCACUUCAUGUGUGCGUAUGUCCAGUUGCAAACAGACAAGGAUCUUUGCUUCUGGGACUCCGGUAGGAUCAUAGAAACGGGAGUGAGGUUUGGAAGCUGUUGCACCAGAGCGACUGGAUCUGCAAAUCCUCCUCCUGUUGCUUGUGCAACGGUCCCUUCGCAGCUGCUCAUGUGCUUUGCUUACCGUUUAUUUUCUGCACAUUUGCUUUUACAGGAAUUUUUGGUAUGUAUCGUGCUUAGCUUGAUCUUUGAGGUCAUAGUAGUCGUUAGUGUGGAGUCAGCUGUCGGCAGUGACGUCCCCGAUCCCCAUAGAUCCUUUCCGUCACCCAUCUUCUGCUGUUUAUGUCGUUACGUAAGCAAUAAUUGGAGCGGUGGUUACUUGGGUCGCCUGUGCUUUCCUGGUGUGUCGAGGCAAAGCUGUUUGCACCCACCCCAGAGGUUUGGGCAGAUCCCGCGGUUGCCGUGCGGCAGGAACGGUGGAUCCUGAGCCGGGUACCUCCCGGUGGAACCGCACCCCACAUCCUUUUGUUCCUUUAAGCGGUUGUGUUUCAUUCAGCUCCAAGAUUACCAUAGUAUUGCGGGGGCGAAGUACUUGUUUUAAACUGUUCCACAACAUGGAGUAUUUCAUGGCUGUAGCUACUUGCAUUUCCACUUGUGUAGAUUUGUGAGCUGGAAUAAUGGUUGGAAGUGUUUGUUCUAUAUUCUUUUGAUUGCACACGUUUCCCUGUUUUUCUCUCAUUUACCGCCUACGCGUUAUGGAAAUCCAGUUUAAUUUCUGCUUAUAGGAAGCGGUGAACUCGUGUAAAUGUGUUUUUUUGCCGAGCGGUGUGUUUUCGGGUGCGGAAGGAGGUGGCGUCGCAGCCCUUUGGGGACACAGGUGCGCGGGGAAGCCGAAAUCUGCCCCCUCGCUUCCCUGCUCUGGGCACGUUCUCUACCCUGGGAAAAUUGAACUUAAUUCAUCUCUCGGUUGCCCCCUUUAUGAAAUAUGGGGGUGGUGAUUCUCACCUACGUCCAUCACAACCUCUUUGGAUGAGCUUUUUGUGGUGUAAGUGAAGUAUUAUCAAUACAAAUGUUCUUUCAUUACUGGACUGUGGUCUGUAAGAGCUGUUAAAAACCACCGUAAGUUGGUGUUUGCUGUGGCAGGAUCUGUUUUAGCACACGUUCUGUUGAAAAGCGAUUUUCGCAGUAGCUUGUCUGGAAAGCAAGCUCCCUAAUGCAAUCAUGGCCUUGGGGGACAUUUUUGUCAGAAGAAGCUGAGGGAGAAUGUGUUUUCCUGUUGUGUUGGUGUCUCAGAUGUGAAGGGUGCAAUGACAGCGGAUGGCACAGCGGUUGUUGCUCGUCAGCCGCUCACCAGCAAAAGGCAAACCAAGAGGAAUUACUACCAAGUAACGCCAAGGAUAUAGGAAUCAUAGUAAAUAAAUCUGGACAUUCUUCCUGGAGUUGCAUCUGAAUUAUAGGUGCGGUAUAUACAUGUGUUCUCUGUGUGUACUGGUGUGACAUACGUCUUUUAAUCACGUCUGUAACAGAACGGAGCUUGGCCACAAUUCCCGUGCUCUUUAGGAACAUACUUUAUUUUUUUUAAGCCAGAAAAUUGAAUAUUGAAAAUUUUAGGCUUAAAUUAUUGCACUAUGAUCAAAAUGUCUUAUCCAAAUGAAAUUGGUUGUCUUUAGCGCUCUUGCCCCGUCUGACACCGGUGGUGGGUUGUUGUUGGGAAGGUUGGUGUUACCCAGCGGUUCGGAGUGUUUGCUAUGGAAUCCAUAUGUAUGGGACACCCAGAAGUGGAGAGAAACAUAAUGCUCUGUUCACAUUUCUUAAAAAAAAUAUAUAUAUUUAGCACCUAGUUUACAAACUAAUAACUGUAGCUGCCCUGUACAAUUGUUCACCUCGAGUCUUCAGUAAAACAUGUCAGCAGUUAGAGGAAUUUGUAUUGGGGGCGUUCCCCGUCAUUCUCAAUUUUUAACAUUUUUCUGCUUGUGAGAUGAUCAAGUACUGUGAGCCUUAAUUUUUAUCCACAAAUAAAAAUAUUAUGUUUGAA